AGCAAGAUGAGGGCAGUUUCGAGCCCUGUAUAAGAGGAAGGACGGGGCCACAGCUGAUUGCUGUGUUCCCACAGACCUGGGUCUCUUGCUGCCCACUAUGGCCAAAAGUGGAGAGGCCCUGCCACAGGGCAGCCCAGUGCUGGUCCAGGAUCCUCGCCUCAUCAAGGUGACAGUGAAGACACCCAAGAACAAGGAAGAUUUCUCAGUUACAGACACUUGCACCAUCCAGCAGCUGAAGGAAGAGAUAUCCCAGCGCUUUAAGGCCCACCCUGAUCAGCUGAUCCUAAUCUUUGCUGGCAAAAUCCUCAAGGACCCUGACUCACUGGCACAGUGUGGGGUCCGAGAUGGCCUCACGGUCCACCUUGUCAUCAAGAAGCAGCGCCGUACUGUGGGCACUGAGUGCCCAGAUGCUUCAUUCCCUAUCCCAGCCCCAAGCCCUGGAUCACUCCCUCAGCCAAGCUCCAUUCACCCAGCAGACAGGCUACCCACCUUUAGCUUAGGUGUCCUCACAGACCUCAAUGGGCUAGGCCUGACCUCUGGUAGUUUCCCCGACCAGCCAAGCUCACUGAUGUGGCAGAAUGUCUCUGUGCCUGAGUUUGUGGCUCAGAUCAUUGAUGACCCCUUCAUCCAGCAUCUGCUGUCCAACACAGGCCUGGUGCGCCAGCUGGUUCUUGACAACCCCCAUAUGCAGCAGCUGAUCCAGCACAACCCUGAGAUUGGGCACAUUCUCAACAACCCCGAAAUCAUGCGGCAGACAAUGGAGUUUCUAUGCAACCCUGCCAUGAUGCAAGAGAUGAUGCGUAGCCAGGACCGGGCACUCAGCAACCUGGAGAGCAUCCCUGGUGGCUACAAUGUGCUCCGUACCAUGUAUACUGAUAUCAUACACCCAAUGCUUAAUGCAGUGCAGGAGCAGUUUGGUGGCAAUCCCUUUGCUACCACCACUACUGCUAAUGCUACCACCAGCAGCAGCCAACCUUCAAGGAUGGAGAAUUGUGACCCUCUCCCCAACCCCUGGGCUUCCACAUUUGCAGGCUCAGCUGAUAGGAGAGGCAGGAGGCCUGGGGACCAGGAUGUAUCUGAACUUAGAAAUAGCGUUUCCAAUAUUCUAGGUAAUAUAAGGCUCUAUGACUAUCUUCAGCAAUUACAUGAGAGUCCCCUGUCCCUGGGAACCUAUCUGCAGGGGAUUGCAUCUACCCUCAGCCCAAGCCAAGAACCACCACCACCACCACCAGGAAGCCAAGUUCCCCCAACUUCAUCCUCAUCCCAGGAACUUGAUUCAGGCCAGCCUCACCCCAGGGAGUCAGUAGCAAUCAAGGGGAAGCCCUCCUGCCCCGCAUUCCUGAGACAUCCCACAGAGAGCAGUGCUAGAAAAGAUGGAAACCAAGAUGGUGCAGGGAAUGGCUCCACUGCCCACAGCACCAACAUGCCUGAUCUUGUCUCCGGGCUGGAGCAUGCUGCCAACAAGGCCCCGUUUGUUCCUUCCCCACCUUCACACACGGCAGCUACCGCUGGAACCCCUGAGCAUGUCUGGCUGCCGCCACCAGCUUAUCCAAGAUCUCUGAGGCCAGCCGGAAUGAAUCAGGCCCCACAGUUGCAGGACGAGAUGAGCUGGCAGCUGCCACUGCUGCUGCACCUUCAGGCGGCCAUGGCAAACCCUCGUGCCAUGCAUGCCUUGCUGCAGAUAGAGCAGGGUCUGCAGAUCCUGGCUACUGAAGCCCCUUGCCUCCUCCUCUUGUUCAUGCCUUGCCCCGCAGGGCUGGGAAGUAUGGAAAGAAGUACAGAGCCUCGAGAGAGUGCCCUUAUGCCUGCGGAUCCUCCCCUAGCCCCAACUCCUGAAGUUCCCUCAGCACAAGGCUCUGUGGAGCUGGGCCUCCAUUCCAUACCCUUCCUCCAGAUGCUGCAAGCCCUAGCUGGUGCCAGUCCCCAGCAGCUGCAGCCCGAGACUCAUUUCCGGGUGCAGCUAGAGCAAUUGCGGGCCAUGGGCUUUCUGAAUCCUGAAGCCAAUAUGCAGGCCCUCAUUGCCACCCGAGGUGACGUAGAUGCUGCUGUGAAGAAGCUGAGGCAGUUGUAGGAGCCCUAGCUGUUCAGACCGUAUCUUUUCCUCUGUGCCUUUCCCCCCAUAGACCCUACCCUAACUCCCCCACUCUUGAAUGCAGCUGCACUAUGAACCAAAUUUACUAUGAUGCUCUUUACUGUGGAGACAAUGUUGUUCCAGAGUCAUUGGGAAGAACGAGAGCCAGAACAGGGUAGGGGUGCUGUGAGUGACCCAGCCAUCCCUGCCACUGUACCAUCGUGGGACCCCAGUCUGAGCUCUGCUAAUGCCUAUUUUGAGAUGCAAUUACAUCCAAUCUCCCAUGUCA